AUGGAUGAACAGAGGACUUCCACAGAAAUUGAUGGUGGUGGUGAUAACCUUCAAAAUGCAGAACACAAAAGGAGGAGCAAUUCUGCUUCUAGUUCAUCAAGAUGCAUCCAUCAGACUCUUGAGAACCUUGUGUCUAAUUCAUCAGUCUCUCUGGAUUUGAGUAGGAAGGAACUACAAUAUCUAACUGAUGAUAUAUACAAGUUAUUUAAUCUUAAAUAUUUGCAUUUGGAAGGAAAUGCUCUGUCUGUAAUUCCCGAAGAUUUCUUUCAGCAUCUGCCAAAUCUUGUUUGGCUGGAUCUGCGGUACAACCAAUUUAAAGAGCUUCCCCCUGGAAUUGGAUGCCACAAGCAGUUGAAAACUCUGCUGUUAGAAAGAAAUCCUAUUAAAAGACUGCCUGUUGAGCUUGGUAAUUUAGCUUCACUUACAGCCUUGAAUCUCAGGCAUUGUCCUCUGGAGUUUCCACCCCUUGAGGUGAUACAGAAGGGUCUUCCAGCUAUUCUAUCCUUCCUUCAAAAAUGCAGUAAUGUUGACUAUACAAAACCUGUUACUCCAGACUUGCCUUCACCGCUAGAACAAGAAGCUAAGGCCAUUGUUAGAGAAUACAAGAGAAAAUGUGACAGACCACCAGAUCGUAGGAAAGCUUUCAACGAUUUGUGGAAACAGAUGAGCUUCCAUAAAAUGCCUCCUGUUGAAAAGUUAAACUUGACAGACUUCAUGAAAUCCAGUUUGGAUUUAUCAGAUGGAUGGCCUAAUGAGGAGGAAAUGAUACGAUUUCAGAAGCUAAGGGACGAACUUAUUCAAGAUGAAAAAGAAGAGUACCUGGCUAACAAAAUGGCAGCCAAUGAAUCCAUGCCUACACUAAGAAGAACCAGGACUAAAGAGAGCAUCUCCCGUAAAUCAUCCAUGGUUUCAUCCAGGGGCAAGAAGAGUCUAUUUCCUGCAGUUUCGUCCCAUGAUCUGGUCGUUCAGAGUAAGAGAGCUGAAGAGUGCAGAUUGGCAGCACUAAAGGAAAUGAAGGAGAAGCAGGCUUUAAUUGAACAGCGGAGAAAAGAUAGAGAAGUGCUUCAGAAAUGGAGGAGACAGGCCAAGAUUAUGAGAGAGAAGAAAGGAAUAUUGUACACAUUUUCACCUGAAAAGGGAGACAUGACGGUUUCACAGAAAGCACCUUAUGCUACUGAUAAUAUCAAAUAUCAUGACAAGUUAGAAGGCUGGAAAGAACCAACCAAACAAGAUGAACACACGGAGGCGGCACUAAAUAUAAACUCUGUGAAGACGAUGGAUGAUUUAAGAGCUGCCAAAUACAAGGAAGUGGAAAACCGCAUUAAACAGCACACACAAAUGAUGAAAGAAAGACGGAAAAAAUUAACAGGGAUACCCCAAGAAGCUAUGGAGAGAGCAAAUGAAGAUUUUGAAACCGCUGAAAACCUUGAGGAGGAGCUAGCUGACAUGAGAAAAGACCUUCACAAGGAAUAUCGCUUCACUGCCUUCACAGGAGAGCUGCCACCUCCAGCAGAGAAUCCGCUACCAAUACCCAAGCCUCAAAAUAUAUUUUCGAACAUGACAUUUUAA